GAAACAGGAAGUGAACUCCUGGCUGAAAACCCAUUUUGUGGCAAAAGAUCGCUGUUUUUAUAAGACAGAAGCAACUAGUUUUCAAACUCACGCAUUGUGCAAAGAGAGCUCGUCCCGCUUUUUAAAAUUGUAUUUAUAAUGUGACCGGUCACUAUAUUGUUUUAUUACAGUCAUACAGCAGUGAUCGGGUGUUGUGCCAGCAGGAGUAAAGGACAGGUUGUCCACUUAAUGAACUUUCGGCCGCAGGAGUGUGGAAAAGAUAGAGACCGUAUGAUAUGCCUGCUCUUACAAUGUCAGAGACCGAAGACUGUCAAAGACGCUUUCAGGCAGCUGUCGACGUCAUUCAAAGCCUACCCAAAAAUGGUGCCUACAGGCCCUCUUAUGAAGUUAUGCUGCGCUUUUAUGGCCUAUACAAACAGGCAGUCUGUGGCCCAUGUACAGUGUCACGCCCUGGCUUCUGGGACCCUGUAGGCCGUUACAAAUGGGAUGCUUGGAAUCAGCAGAGACACAUGAGCCGAGAGAACGCAAUGGCUGCUUAUGUGGAUGAAAUGAAGAAAGUCGCACAAGAGGUAAUAGACAAUAUGCCAAUAAAUGAAAAGACUGCAUCCUUUUUCCACUAUUUUGAACCUCUCUAUCAUGUCAUUCAUGAUAUGCCCAGACCUCCAGAGGCACUUCUAACUCUAACAUCAGAUGUAAAUGCCAAAGAACCAAAUGAUGGUUUGACUGAAAAUGAAGACUUCACAGAGACAGUUCCUGAAAGUGAACCUCAGCUGGAGAGCACAGAGCUAGCUUUGUCUGAUGGUCAGGGGCCGACUAGUGACUCAGAGAGUGAAAUCUUCUGUGACUCACUGGAACAGCUGGGCACCGUUAAGCUUGCUGCAGUGCCAGAUAGUUUAAAAAAUGGGAAUGUACACUCUGAGACCUCUGAAAUCCAGGAGCAUCACCUUACCCAUGUCUCUCAGGUGACUCAGAUGGGCGUUGGACAUGGUGGCGAGGGGGCAGAGGAUAGUCAUGGUCCCCCCAUGAGGAGGAGGAAUACAGGAAGAGAGAGUCAGCAACAAUACUGGAGAGAACCCUCAGGUAAUAUGGCCCAACGUUAUGCUAGAUGGACGGAGCGGUCUGCCUCGGGUGCUGGCUCAGGUGGAGGCGGCGGAGACAAUACUGAGGGUGGGCCUGACAGGCUACAGGAUGCCCAGGUGCAACAGCAGAUCGUUCUAGCCUUACGGCAACUCAGAGAGGACAUGCAGAGCGUCAUGGAAAGACUAGAGGUGGUUGAGGGUCUUGCCACUGUGAAUGCCCAGAACUCAAAAUGGAGAUCCCAUGUACAACUGACAUCCCCAGAGGUAAAACUUGUGACAGACUUGGAGAAAUGGUGGCCAUUCGACAUCUCUGGACGCACAUUGCUGCUUUUGUUGGUGUGGCCUUUUGUGACUCAGGGCAUCGUGUUCCUAAUGAGGCAGAGGAAGAGAAGGCUUCAUGUGUGCAUAUGAAUUUACUGUGCUGAGUAGAAAUGAAAGAAACAGUCAAGUUAAAGAAUGAUCAGUAAUACAUUGUGACCUGGCUUUCGGUGCUUCAAUUAUAGCACUUGUUAAUUAGCUUCAGGUGAAGAGAGAAAAUGUUUUAACCUCAUAUCUCUUAAAUGGAUUUUACCAUUUAAUCUUAAAUGAACAAGAUGAGUGCAAUUUCCAGAGACAUUCUGGGGUGUAUUGUGUAAUUUAAUGUUUAUUAUGUAAUUUGUUCAGUGUAAUUCUUUUUAUUUGUAGCUAUGUGCAGAGGCAGUCGCUGACUUUGUCAAUAUUGUAUGAUAUCCAUAUUCUUAAUUUAAAAAAUAAGCGUUCAUCAGUCAUUUUUGGAUUGUAAAUGCCAUCUGCACUACAAAGAUUGAUACAAAUCUUGCUGACACUAGCUGCAGGAUUCUAGGCACUUUGUAGAACUGAUUUAAAAUAUUGGUGUAAAAUGUAUGCAAUCAAAAAGCCUUAAAUAACUAAAGGGGCCUUUAUUUGGGGAAUAUGUACACAGAAGCUACCGCUCUAAAAUGAGAAAAAAAGAGAACCAUCAACAGAACAUUUUGGCCUGUAGACAAGAUGUGAUGUUCUGUAAUGUGAUGAUAUAAAUACAUGCACAAAACAGCUGCAUUGUACAUGGAAUAAAGGUCAUCCAAUUUAUGUUCAAGAGAUUAAAACAUGAGAUUAGUAAGUAGUUUCUGUGACAGAUGGAAUAAGUGAUUGUUGGGUUGUUUAACUUCGUGUAGCUGCAACUCGGAGUGAGUUUGAAUGGAUACGGGAUUAAUUUAGUUAAAUCUAGGGGAGUAAAAUAAAACUAAAUCUAUUCCUUCAGGAACGGAUAGGUUUUGAUGUAAAAUGCAUUCACCCCAUUGUCAAAGUGAAAUUAAAGCAAGUAUCUAGA